AUGUAUUUUUUUUUCUUUCUGUUAAAAUUGCACUGCCAUUUCCGAACAAAAUUUACAACUGGGUUCCUUCUUCUUCUUCUUCUUCUUCUUCUUCUUCUUCUUCUUCGCCUUCCUCCCCCUCCUCCUCCUUUUCUUCUUCUUCUGCUUCUUCUUCUUAUGCCUUGUUAUCCAUUUUUCCUCAUCCUUUUCUUCUUCUUCUUCUUCUUCCCCUUCCACCUCCCCCUCUUCUUCUUCUUCUUCUUUUUCGCCUUCCUCACCCUCCUCCUCUUCUUCUUCUGCUUCUUCUUCCCCUUCCACCUCCCCCUCUUCUUCUUUUCGCCUUCCUCACCCUCCUCUUCUUCUUCUUCUUCUUCCCUUCCACCUCCCCUCUUCUUCUUCUUUUUCGCCUGCCUCACCCUCCUCCUCUUCUUCUUCUUCUUCCCCUUCCACCUCCCCCUCUUCUUCUUCUUUUCCGCCUUCCUCAACCUCCUCCUCUUCUUCUUCUUCUGCUUCUUCUUCUUCUGCCUUGUUAUCCAUUUCUUCCUCAUCCUUUUCUUCUUCUACUUCUUCUUCUUCUUCUUCCCCUUCCACCUCCCCCUCUUCUUCUUCUUUUUCCCCUUCCUUCCUCCCCCUCCUCCUCCUCUUCUUCUUCUUCCGCUUCUUCUUCUUAUGCCUUGUUAUUCAUUUCUUCCUCCUCCUCCUAUUCUUCUUCUUCUUCUUCUCUCCCUCAUGUCGUCGUCUCCUCUUCCUUUUCCUCUUUUCGUUUCCCCUCUGUCAAACUUUGCUUCUUUUUUUCUCCGCCACUUCAUAUGCGUCACGGCCCAAUAUACUCCUCUCCAAAACUUAGCAGUGCCCCCACCUCGGACCUUUACUCCAGCCCCACGUUCUUAUCUCGCUGCUUUUUCCUAUCUCCCUUGCUUUCCGUGGGAUACGGUUUUGAAGCCCUCCACCCCACAUUAUGUGACCAAGAGAUUCGUGAUGUCUUUUCUGUUUUCAGGUUUCUUUAUUGUAGUCAUUUUCUUUCGCGCUGCCAUCGCCAUUAAAAAGAUCCGCUUCAUAUGUAGAUACAUGCUCACUCUCUUUCCAGUAAUUCUAUCUAUCUAUCUAUCUAUCUAUCUAUCUAUCUAUCUAUCUAUCUAUCUAUCUAUCUCUUUUCAUAUCUGUCUAUCUAUCUAUCUAUCUAUCUCUUUUCAUAUCUAUCUAUCUAUCUAUCUCAAUUUGUUCACAUCUAUCUAUCUAUCUAUCUAUCUAUCUAUCUAUCUAUCUAUCUAUCUAUCUCAAUUUGUUCACAUCUAUCUAUCUCUUUUCAUAUCUAUCAAUUUAUCUCAAUUUGUUCACAUCUAUCUAUCUAUCUAUCUAUCUAUCUAUCUAUCUAUCUAUCUAUCUAUCUCAAUUUGUUCACAUCUAUCUAUCUAUCUAUCUAUCUAUCUAUCUAUCUAUCUAUCUAUCUAUCUAUCUAUCUAA